AUGUCCAGUGUCGUGGAAGCUUUCGUUUACUCAUAUGACAUCAAGAAUGCCAAACAAUGGCGUGAUGAGGAUAUGCUGCACCGUGAACAGCAAAAGCAGUGGCGUGAAGACUCCAUUCAGCGACAACAUGAGUGGCGACGUGCUGAUCUAAAGCACAUACGGCGUGUGCUAAAACUCGAGUCGGAGAAGCGGCUGAUCAAUGCACGCCUUCAGCAGUUGCGAACUAUCUCACAACUAUCAGCUAUAAUGGCAUUUUUCUCCAUCAUGUUUUUACAAGAAACAAAAUCGCUGCGGCAUGACACAACUUGA